UCUCGGGCAUUUUCAUUACCCAAUGGGAAUGCCCAGUAAACGAUGAGCAGAGCCGGACAGGAAGAAGACGAAGACAACGAGUGCUUCUACGAGUCCCUCGAUCGCAUUGUCUCCUCCUCUUGUUCUUGUUCCACUUCGAACUCCGACUCCGACCCCGACCCCGACCCGAAUCCGAAGUAUGCCGUACCCAAAUUCCCAAUGGGCGCCUCCACCAAGUACGACGUUUGGAUCUCCGAGCCUUCUUCCGUCUCUGAACGCCGGUCCAAACUCCUCACUGAAAUGGGUCUCACCGGCGACCCAGUUCUGACCCGGGCCAAACCCCAACAGGGUUUUUCCGGCGAGUUCGGGCGGUCUGUCUCGUCGGAUUAUUCGAUCACUCAGGUAAAUUCCGGCGGUGGAGGCGUUAAUAGCAUCGUCCGCUCCAAAUCUGACGGCGGCGAUCAGUGUAAUAACGCUUGUUCUACUUCAUCUGUUUCUUCUUCCCCAAUUCUUUCGAUUCGUUGUGGUGCCGGUGAGGCCGAGACCGAGCCUGAACCCGAAACCAGUUCAUUUGUAAAUAGAAAUACAAAAUCUUUGGCUUGUAAAUCUUCAAGCGGUAAAAGCAACUCAUCCCCGCCGCCGAAUAAGCCGCCUUCCGGCAAGAAUUCGAGGAGGGUAGACGAGAUUCGAAGCGAUUCGAAGGUGGAGGAGUUGGAUUGCAAUGACAUUGGUAAGGUUGGUGAAAGUGAUGCUAAUACUAAUGCCCAAGUGUGUACUAUUAGGAACCUUGAUAAUGGUAAAGAGUUUGUUGUGAAUGAGAUUAGGGAAGAUGGAAUGUGGAACAAGCUUAAGGAAGUGGGUACAGGGAAGCAGUUGACCAUGGAGGAGUUUGAGAUGAGCGUCGGGCAUUCACCGAUUGUUCAAGAACUGAUGAGGAGGCAGAAUGUGGAGGAGGGUCAUAAAGAUGGUUCCGAGUCCAAUGCCAAUGGGAGCAAUGACGGGGUUUCAAAGUUGAAGAAGAAAGGGGGUUGGUUGAAGAGCAUCAAGAGUGUUGCGAUCACCAUGACAGGUCACAAGGAUAGGCGGAGUAGCGAUGACAGGGACACAUUGUCGGAAAAGGGAGGUCGGAGGUCAAGCUCUGGCACAGAUGAUAGCCAGGAUGUGUCGUUUCAUGGGCCGAAGAGGGUGAGGGUGAGGCAGUAUGGGAAGUCAUGUAAGGAGGUCACUGCAUUGUUCAAGAGUCAGGAGAUUCAGGCGCAUACUGGGUCAAUUUGGAGCAUUAAAUUUAGUUUGGAUGGAAAAUAUUUGGCUAGUGCCGGUGAGGAUUGCGUGAUUCAUAUUUGGCAGGUGAUGCAGAGUGAGAGGAAGGGUGACCUGUUGAUGGAGAAGUCAGAAGAUAGCAAUUUAAACAUGCUGUUAUUUGCCAAUGGGUCGCCGGAACCAUGUUCAGUCUCACCAAAUGUGGACAACCAUGUGGAAAAAAAGAGGAGAGGAAGGUCGUCUAUCAGUCGAAAAUCUGUUAGUUUGGACCAUUAUGUGAUUCCAGAGACUGUGUUUGCACUUUCAGAGAAACCCUUUUCUUCAUUCCAAGGGCAUCUGGAUGAUGUGCUUGACCUUUCUUGGUCCAAGUCGCAGCACCUGCUCUCAUCUUCAAUGGACAAAACUGUGCGCCUUUGGCACUUGUUGAGCAAGACUUGUCUGAAGAUAUUUUCACAUAGUGACUAUGUAACUUGCAUCCAGUUCAACCCUGUUGAUGAUAGGUACUUCAUUAGUGGAUCACUUGAUGCUAAGGUUCGCAUAUGGAGCAUCCCUGAUCGUCAAGUGGUUGAUUGGAAUGAUCUGCACGAGAUGGUCACUGCUGCUUGCUACACUCCUGAUGGUCAGGGCGCCCUAGUUGGUUCAUACAAAGGCAGCUGCCGUUUAUACAAUACAUCUGAGAACAAGUUGCAACAGAAAAGUGAAAUUAAUCUGCAGAACAAGAAAAAGAAAUCACAUCACAAGAAAAUUACAGGUUUUCAGUUUGCACCAGGAAGUUCAUCAGAAGUACUGAUUACAUCUGCAGAUUCACGAAUUAGAGUUGUUGACGGUGUUGAUCUGGUUCACAAGUUCAAGGGAUUUCGGAACGCAAAUAGCCAAAUCUCAGCCACCCUCACGGCAAAUGGUAAAUAUGUGGUAUCUGCUAGUGAGGAUUCUCAUGUAUAUAUAUGGAAACAUGAAGCUGAUUCCCGUCCUAGCAGAAGCAAAAGUGUCACUGUCACGCGCUCAUAUGAGCAUUUCCAUUGUCAAGAUGUAUCAGCAGCCAUCCCUUGGCCUGGAAUGGCUGAUUUAUGGGGAUUACAAGAUUCAGAACGUAAUGGGCUUGACGAGGUCUCCACAGCAAAUCACCCGCCUACACCAGUUGAGGCGGCUAAUGCCAACGAGGGUUCAAGAGCAGCAUCUGGUUCCACCAAUAGCCCUCUCCACGGAACCAUUUCGAGUGCAUCCAACAAUUACUUCUUUGAUAGAAUUUCAGCAACAUGGCCGGAGGAAAAACUUCUUCUAGCUACUAGGAACCGAAGCCCACGUGUAAGUUUUGAUUUUACGAAUGGUUUAAGCCAAAACAUGUCAGCCUGGGGUGUUGUGAUUGUAACUGCUGGGCUUCGAGGUGAAAUUAGAACUUUCCAAAAUUUUGGGUUGCCUGUUCGGAUUUAGGGGGGGCCAAAUAAGUGGAACCCUUGAUCAUGGGGGGAAGAUGAGUUGAUAAUUCUGCAAGGAGCCAGUCCAUUUUUCCCUAUUGGCAAAAUGUGUACAGAGAGAGAGAGAGAGAGAGAGAGAUUUGUAAUAUUAAAGCGUUCCAUGUGUUUCCUUGUGCUUGUGCCGUCGGACGUGGAGUUCAGUUGGAGAGCCGGUCCGUCGGGCCAACAAGAAAGAAAAGUAGAUUUGUUGAAAAAAGAGGAGGCAAAAAAAAAAAAAAAAAAAAAACUACACUGAUGAAUGUCUGUAGUCGGAAAAUUGUAGAGUUAUGAGAUGGGAAAAGCUUAUUGAAUUUAGAAAUGAAAAUUCUUUUACAAUUUA